AUGGCAGAUUCAAGGAGACAUCGCCGCAGAACUGUUGGAGCAUCCUCUUCCUCUCAACCACGUCCGGCAACUAUUGAUGGAUGGAUUUCAGAUCAAGAGAAACAUACGGACUAUGUUACUUCCUGGCAAGAGAGAAGAAUCAUGGCGGUAAAGUAUAUUCGCCUUGAUUUUUUCCGUUUCUAUGGAUUUCGAUUUCCAGAGCUUUUUAAUGAUCAAGGACUCUCAAAUCUGGUGGAGCAAAAAGGUUGCAUUUAUCCCGAUCUUAUCAGAGUGUUCUAUUUCAACAUGAGAUAUCGAGAUGGGAUUAUUUCCACUAAAGUCAAGGGUGUCCGCAUAAUUUUAGAUGAUGAUGUGUGGACCAACGUUGCCCAACUACCCAUCUGGGAUGAUGCUGUCAAAGUUCAUCUCGGACUCCAAGAUUUCGAUCGAUUAUUGACCUUCCAAUCCUUCCUACGUCACCCUGAACAACAGACUAAUCGAAGGCAAUUGCUUGUUGGGGGUUUCAAGGUUGAAGAAAGGAUGAUUCACUACUUACUUGUCUGGAUCCUAUGUCCUAGAGCAACCAAUCAUGCUCAAUGCUCUGAACAGGAUCUACUUCUUCUGUAUGGGAUCCUAAAUCACAUACACAUCGAUUGGCCUGCUCUCAUUGCUGACACUAUGGUAAAAGCUAAGAAAUCCCCUUCCUAUCACCUUCCUUAUGCUCUUCUUAUUUCUAGAAUCUUGGAGUACAAAGGUGUCAAUGUUGAAGGAGAACUUGUCCAAGCCACUCAAGUUGUUGGCUCGGAAAUUGGCGAUACUACCUUUCAUGAUGAUCAUCCUGAUGUCGAUGAAGAUGAUGACAUGGACACUCAUAUGGCUGACCCAGAGAAGGAUGAGACCCUGAAAGCUUUCAUGCAGCGGUACAUCGAGACGGCCCGGCGCGUGCCAGAUAUUACUCCCACCUUUAUCAUCAGCAACCUGUCGUCCUGCUUAAGGCCGGGACAAGUCUCGGAACAAUUAUAUGCUGACCCUCCAGCAUCCAUGGAGGAACUCCAAUCCACUAUGGCGAAAUUCAUCCGCAUCGAAGACCACCGUAACUCCAGGAGGAAGCACCAGCAGGAUGUCCCUAACCAGGAGACAAGAAAACCAACGAAACGACCCCCCAACGACUACAGACCAGAUCGACCACCUAGGAAGGAGUCGGGGUGGACGUCUAAAUACGAUCGCUACACGACUCUCAACGCACCAAGGGCGAGGGUGCUAGAAGAGGCCUUACACGCCGAACUUCUCACCGUGCGGCGAAGUGCCACCCCAAAGAACGCGGAUAACAGCAAAACUUGUCGGUUCCACAUGAACCGUGGGCACGACACGGAAGAAUGUAACAUAGUAAAAGACGAGUUAGAACGACUCAUUCGUGCAGGUUAUCUCCAGAACUACGUCAGGGAGAGAGUUUCCACUAGAGCAACAACUCCUCGCCGAAGAGAUCCUCCUAGGCGAAGUCCCCAGCGAUCUCCCCCUAAAGAUGAUCGACACCGUAGGCGGUCGCGCAGUCCACCUCGACGCAUAGAGAGAGAACGCUCAGUCCGAGGCCGCAUCGACACCAUAUCUGGUGGUUUCGCGGGGGGAGGCGUGUCGGCUUCGGCGAGGAAGCGAUAUUUGAGACAGUUGAAGUCGGUCCAUAUGGUCGAGCGGCAGGCUCGGUCGAUCCCUGACAUCACGUUCACGAACGCUGACUUCCAUGCUCCCGACCCUGAUCAUGAUGAUCCUAUGGUCAUCACGGCUAAUAUAGCUCGGUAUGAUGUCAGCAAGGUCCUCGUCGACCAAGGAAGCUCGGUCAACAUUUUAUAUUGGUCCACUUUUCAGAAAAUGGACCUAUCUGAGGACCUCAUCGCCCCAUUUAAUGAGCAGAUUGUCGGAUUCUCAGGAGAACGAGUAGACACCAGGGGAUACCUUGACCUGCGAACUCGGCUCGGAACAAGUCGGGAGGCACCUGAACUUCGAGUUCGAUUCCUGCUGGUCGAGGCAAAUGCAUCGUACAACGCCCUACUAGGACGACCUUGUCUGAACGCGUUUGGGGUAAUCGUGUCUACUCCCCACCUCGCCAUGAAGUUCCCGACAGACCAUGGUGGCAUUUGUACCGUGAGGGCUGAUCAGCGCACAGCUCGACAGUGCUAUGUCGCCGGGUUAAAAAUCACUCCCUUCAUCCCAACCAGAAGGACGAAAGGACCCAAGGCAGCGACAGUCGACUUAGACCCCCGAACCAACGUAGAUGAGCGUCUGCAUCCACAAGGCGAAGUCAAACUCCUGUCCUUAACGACGGACACAUCCAAAACCACUAGCAUUGGCGGAGACCUCACCUCCAGCGAAGAGCACGAUUUGGGACGCAUUCUACGGAACAACGCAGAUUUGUUCGCAUGGACAGCUGCUGAUAUGCCAGGCAUCCAUCCCGGGGUCAUGGCCCACAAGUUAUCCAUCUUCCGGGAGGCACGACCUGUCGCCCAGAAGAAGCGACGAGUCGGGGAAGAGAAACGCCAGGCUAUCCAAGCUGAGGUUAGGAAACUGCUGAAUGCCCAAUUCAUCAGAGAGUUGACGUACACUACGUGGCUGUCAAACGUAGUUAUGGUCAAAAAGUCCAACGGCCAAUGGAGAAUGUGUGUCGAUUUCACUGAUCUUAAUAAGGCAUGUCCUAAAGACUCGUACCCCUUACCCAGCAUCGAUCGUCUGGUAGAUGGAGCUUCAGGUCAUGUAAUGCUAAGCUUCCUCGACGCCUACUCAGGCUAUAACCAGAUUCCAAUGUACGAGCCCGAUCAAAGCAAGACAGCCUUCAUUAUCGAACGCGCUAAUUACUGUUAUGAAGUAAUGCCGUUUGGAUUGAAGAAUGUCGGGGCUACUUAUCAACGCCUUAUGGAUAAGGUUUUCCAUCACCAGAUUGGACGAUGCAUGGAUGUAUAUGUCGAUGACAUGGUUAUUCGCAGCAACUCUGUCGAACAACACCUGCAGGAUUUGAAGGAGGUUUUUGCCCAGCUCCGACGGUACAGCAUGCGCCUCAAUCCUGCCAAGUGUACCUUCGGCGUCCCCGCAGGAAAAUUCUUAGGUUUCAUGCUCACGCGUCGAGGUAUUGAAGCCAACCCCGACAAGUGCAAAGCCGUGCUCGACAUGCCAGCUCCAAAAACCCUACGAGAAGUACAACGUCUAGUGGGUCGCCUUACUGCCCUGUCCAGAUUUAUUCCAAGACUGGCUGAACACAUCAAACCCAUCCUGAAGAAUUUGAAAAAGGGCUCCACUCAACACUGGGACAAUGAUUGCGAGACUGCAUUCAGCACUGUCAAACACAUCUUAACCAGUCCUCCAAUUAUGGCCCGACCGGACGAGGGAUCCGACUUACAGCUGUAUCUUGCAGCCUCCCCGUAUGCGGUUAGCGCCGCCUUGAUACAAGAGACACCCUCCCUUAAGUUGAUCUACUUCAUCAGUCGUACUUUGCAAGGGGCCGAGGAACGAUAUUCCCGCAUUGAGAAGUUUGCCUUGGCGUUGCUCACAGCCUCCCGCCGGCUUCGACCAUACUUCCAGAGCCAUCAAGUGAUAGUCCGCACAAAUCAACCCAUCGCCAAGAUCCUCCGUAAACCAGACUUGGCAGGACGAAUGGUUGCUUGGUCAGUGGAACUGUCAGAAUUCGGCCUCCGCUACGAGCCCCGCGGAUCUGUCAAGGGUCAACAUUUGGCAGAUUUCGCAGCCGAGUUAACACCUGCCCCAGAGAAUUCCACGACAAAAUGGCUCCUCAGCGUGGAUGGUUCCUCCGACAAAAGGGGGGGAGGAGCCGGUGUCGUCUUAGAGGGGCCGGAUGAUUUGGUCCUAGAGCAAGCCAUCAUAUUCAAGUUUCCAGCUAGCAACAACCAAGCCGAGUACGAAGCCUUAAUUGCUGGCCUAUCCCUGGCUAGAGAGUUGUCGGUCGAGCGUUUAGAGUGUCGGAUGGACUCGAAGUUGGUCGUCAGCCAUGUGAAUGGAAUCUAUCAAGUCAAGGACAAUCAGCUGUUGCGUUACUUCCACAAGGUUCAGACUUUACUCCGCAAUUUCGUCGAGGUUAAUGUCCUCCAUGUACCCAGGGAGCAAAACGCAAGAGCAGACCUUUUGUCCAAAUUAACUCAUUCUAAGGAGCGAGCGCAGUUAUCCUCAAUCAUUAGAAUGACGCUCGACCGUCCUGUGGUGGAAGCUUUUGUCACUAAUGUGUCGACACCUAUAACAGACUGGCGGCAGAAAGUCAAAGACCUCAUGGAGCGGCAGGACAAAGGUGUUAGCAUUACCGCGGCUGAUUCCAAACACAUUACGCGUUUUGUGUGUAUAGGCGACGACCUAUAUCGUCGCGGCCAUAGCACUCCUCUACUGAAAUGCAUCUCGGAAGAAGAGGCCGACUAUGUGCUGCGCGAACUGCACACAGGGAUAUGUGGAUUUCACUCUGGCAAACGGACAUUAAGAGGACGUGUUCUCCGCGCCGGAUAUUACUGGCCUACUCUCGACCGCGACUGCGAGAUAUUCGUCAAGAAAUGCAUUUCCUGUCAAGCACAUGGUCACGACAUCCGUGCACCUCCUGAAGACUUACACAAUAUUGUCUCUCCCUGGCCGUUCGCCCAGUGGGGUCUCGACAUAGUUGGACCACUGCCGAUCGCCAAAGCGCAAAACAAGUUCCUCCUCGUGGCGGUUGACUACUUCACAAAAUGGAUAGAAGCUGAGCCACUGUCCGUCAUCAGCGCCCAACGAGUGCAGAAGUUCAUUUGGCGUCUCAUCUGUCGGUUCGGUCUCCCUCAGAAGAUCAUCACCGACAACGGUCGCCAAUUCAUCGAACGCAAAUUAGAGGAUUACCUCAACAGUUUAGGCAUUAAGCAUGUCACAUCAUCAGUCGAGCACCCUCAAACCAACGGCCAAGCCGAGGCCGCAAACAAAGCCAUUUUGACAGAGUUAAAAAAGCGACUCGGUGAAGCCAAGAGUUUAUGGGUGGAGGAGCUACCCGAGGUCCUGUGGGCAUACAGAUGCACUCCCCAUGGAUCUACGGGGGACACGCCAUUCAACUUAACCUACGACACUGAUGCCAUGCUCCCAGUCGAGGUGGGCGAGCCCUCAUUGAGGCGCCAAAUCACUGAUAUGUCCCUUAAUGAAGAGCAGUUACAGACGAAUCUCGACGUCCUUCCUGAACGUCGUGAGGUUGCCACCAUCCGUGCAGAGGCCCAAAAGCGCAUGCUAUCUCGACGGUACAAUACCAAGGUCAAACCCAGAACCUUCAAAAGCGGCGAUUUGGUGUGGCGAAAGCGGGGAGAAGCUCGGAAGAAUCGAGCCCAUGGCAAACUCGCAGCUAACUGGGAAGGACCCUUUCGGGUUGCAGAGGACAUGUCGAACGGCGCAUAUCGUCUCCAGCUUCUUGAUGGACAACCAGUUCCCAACACUUGGAACGCCACUCACCUUAAAUAUUACUUUAGUUAA